AUGACACAUGGUUUAAAAAUGUCAAAACUCUUUUCGAAAUCCUUUUACGAUGCCGCUGGCAGCACACAACCCUUCUGGUUAAAGGCAUCAAAGCCGGCACAAGAGAACGAUAUCACGCUUGUCACCACAGUGACCCCUGGAAGCUGGUCAGAGCUAGUGCGUUUAGCAGAACAGUGGCAAGGACCGGUCUCAGUGACCUUACACACACGGUCCCUGGUUGACGGUGGUGUAUCGACGCUCAACCAGAUCCGUGAAGCAUACGCGAACAAACCCGAACUGGCCGAACGUGUGGAUGUGCAUUUGGUGCGCUCGCCGGGUAAAGAAGUCUUGUCUGUAUUGUUACCACGCAACGCUGAACGCAACAUGGCACGCAUGUUUGCCCACACGCGCUACGUUUGCGAGAUGUCAAGUCAUAUGGUGCCGGCCACCGAUGUAAGACGCACGCUCGACGCAAAUCGCGAGUAUUUUGAAACAUUGUUGAACUCGGGUGAUAUGUUGGUUGUGCCCACAUUUGGGUUCCCUGCACCGCAUGAAGAUGCCAAAUAUACGAUCCCGUAUAAAAAAAGUCGACUGUUGGAGUUGGUCGAGGCGGGUCAAAUGGGACUGGUGGAUCCCCAUUGGGAUAUGAACGAAGGGCCUACGGAUCUUCACCGUUGGCAAGACGCCACGACUCUUUAUGCCGUGGAGAACUAUGAUUUCCAUUACGAACCGAUCGUCGUUGAAAGCAAAGCAGUGCAACCAUGGUGUGCAGAACGGUUCUUGGAUAGACGGUCAGCAUGUCUCUUUUCGAACUAUCUGGCCGGUGGCGAGUUUUGGGUUCUGCCGGAUGAUUUUGCAGUGCAGUUGCCGGAUAAUAAGGAAUUUGUCAUUUCUGAUUUCGAUCUUGUACUGGAAAACCGGCUUUAUGCCAAAUUCUUUUGGGAACAGUGUGUGCAUCAUGCACGACAGUUGGAUGCACUAGGAUUAUGGAAGAGUGCGCGGUCUGAGCACGUUCGUAAGCAAUGCUCACGGGUGAUCCAGAAUUGGGGCAAAGGGCUUAUUGGCAAGCCAGAGUAG